AUGGAAGCAGUUAAAUUAAAAGCGGUGGGGAUUUUGAACGAGCUGAGAGAAGUGGACUUCCAUCACUGCUUCAGCCAAUGGAAGAUUUGUAUGGAGCGGUGUAGAGAUUGCCAAGGGGAGUACAUUGAAGGUCACGGUCCCCUAACUUUUGCUAUUCCGGUUAAAGACUAUGCCCACCAUUAUUUGGUCAGUUAUAAUAAUGAAAUCAUAUUAAUCUACUGGAAUGCUGAAACAGAUACUAACAAUCACAUGUUGUUGAAAUAUGACGAAAUAAAACUACCGCCACAUGAAGCAAUCAAUUAUGGGAUUGCCGACCCGUUUGGCGGACUAUGUUUUUGGACGGCUAAAGUAGAUGGAUCAAAUACGGGAAAAGUGUUUUUUUUUCAUCUACGGUAUCGUACUCCGCGCGUUAUAGAACUGAUCAUUCCGGGAAUUCCUCUCAGCAAUGGAAUUGUGUGGCAUCUGAACGAUCGUACCAAAAUCUAUUACUGUGAUGGUAUGAAUAAUAGAAUCCUGUCAUACGGUUAUGAUCCGGCAACAAGAAGAAUUAUUGGUAACAAUGGUAUCGCCUUUGACUUGGAUGUAUGGAUAAGGAAGCGGAAGCGUCCUCUCUAUAAAGGCCAUGCCAUGCUGGGUCGUAUGACAAUUGAUAUCAAAGGUCGGCUCUAUGUACCUCUUUAUGGAGGUUCACAUGUCCUUCAAAUUGAUCCACAUACUCAAGGAGUGCUGCAUACUAUUCACAUACCUGCAGUCAAAGUCACAGCAUGCGUUUUCGGAGGUAAGGAUCUGAAUAUUUUGUAUGUGUCAUCGAUGAGAUGUGCUACUAAUGAAAAAUGUCCAGCUACCGAUCAGGGUGGUAAGAUUUUCGCCGUACCUCACCUUGACGAUGAAAUGAAGGGAGAGAAGGCCAUGCCAUUCGUGUUGCCUUAUCAACCUCAGUGA